AAUAAUUUCUCAAAGGCAACUACUGAAUUAAGUUCAUGUUUUUAUCGAUUUAAACCAUUGUGCGCUGGUUCAAAAAAUUACACCUAAUUUGAGUCUACACCAUUUAAACAAGAAAAACGUUCCAUCGGAGCCAUUAUGGUUCUGCUUCCAGAAGCAACUGCUCACAGUUAAUUUAUUCACGACCAAGUUUUACCUCAAUCAGAACCCGCAUAUGUAACAUAAAUACAGUGUGAAAUAUUGUUUCGAUUCGUUGUAGCUCAGUUUGACUGAAUAAUUUUCCAACCAAAUUUAAGAUUAAUUUGAAGUUCCGUGCUUUGCAAUAAACUGCAGCGCAGAUUAAAAGAAACUGAUCAUCUGCAAACUGGCGCCUUUUUGAUAUUUCCUAUGCCAUUUUCGAAGAGCUUCACUUUCGCUUGUGAAUCCCCGUUUUGUAUGUUGACUACCACCAAUCUGAAACCAAUCUUUCGAUUAAUCAGUCUGUGUGAAACAUGACGAACGGAAGAUUUUUAGUGGUUCUGGUUCUUGCAUCGUGUAAUUUUUUGGUAAAAUCAUCGGAAAACCAGGAACCUAGCUUGGGUCUUGGAAUGGAAUUGGUUCUCACCAAAUUGGAACAGCUGGAACUGAGAUUGAUAGAAUUGGAACAACAAAAUCAAUUGAUUGUGGACCUACUGAACGGAACUUGUGUGAAGACCUUGUGUGAUUCCGAAAAACCUAUUCAAUCUGCAACGGAAUCAACCAUAGCAGAACCGAAGAUUGCCGAGGCACCACCGGAGUACGAUGAAAAAGAAGUUUACUCAUCGUGCUACGAGGUGCCGAUCGUGAAACCCGGAAAGUAUCUUCUGAAACCAACCGAAACGUCAAAACCGUUUUAUGCCUUUUGCGAUGUAAAUCCGUACGGCGAAGGCUGGAUGGUGGUUCAGUACCGGUUCAAUGGUUCGGAGUCAUUCUAUCGAAACUGGACCGAUUACAAGCAUGGGUUCGGUAGUCUGGACGGCGAGUUUUGGUACGGACUGGAAAGGAUUCGUCUUUUCACAGCCACUCGCAGGCAUGAGUUGAUGUUCGAGUUGGUUGACUCUACGGGGAUGGUUAGAGUGGCCAGGUACUAUCCGUUUACCCUAGGCAGUGAAGAACAGGGAUACAGUAUAUCCGCUAUGGGUCCCUACAUCGGAAAUGGGGGAGAUUCUUUCGGCUAUCAUUCGGGUAUGAAAUUUACCACGUACGAUCGGGACAAUGACGAAUCAACAUCGACGAACUGUGCCAAGAAACACUACGGCGCCUGGUGGUACAAGAGUUGUCAUAGAAGUAAUCUGAACGGUAGAUACAUGAAAGGCAGUAGUGAUCAGUCCAUGUCUUGGAACACAUUCCGUAAUGCUGAAAGCUUGAAGCGAUCUAAGAUAAUGAUACGAGAAGGCUGAACCUUAGUCAUACUAAGCAUCUGGAUGAAACGUACGAAUCACUGCUAGCAUCUGCUUUUUCAAAUUUAAAAAUGAUUUUCGAUGUAGUAAACUAAUUUAGGUGAUUUUGUUCUUAGUAAUUUUCGAAUCAGAAGUCACCAGAACGGUCGUUCCGAGUUUCAUGGUGGUGGCUUCUGGUUCAUUUUGUUUAUUCUACAGCAGGAAAAAACCCACAGGAGCUCAAACUCUCUUGGUAUCCUUCUCCAACAGGCAUAAAACCUCCUCAUCCUUUGUAUCAAUAGAUCAUUCACAAUCCCAAUAAUAUAUCGGGGUCAUUCCACCAAUUGUCAACACACUUUUGUACCCGUGCAUCUUCGAAUCCGAUGAAUCUUCAGAGUAUGAUAUUCUGAACCAAAGAAGAUGUUUGGUGUACUUUUUGUUGGGUGGAGUCACUGCACUGAUUUUCGGCGCGUGAUUAAAAUUUUAUUAUAAAACCAACACAUUUAAUUCGAUUUUUUUUCGACCAUAACGCAAAACUCUUGCAACAUACAAAACUGUCUCAGCUUUUUUAGAAAAGUGUUUUGAAAAUUGAAAAACAAUGAUAAUCCACUUUUUCUAUUUUUCCAAAAAUUUUCUUUUAUUUGCAACAUUUUUAUUCGAUUCCUUGUUCUCUUUUACAUAAAAGUCAAUCUUGAAAAAUAUGGUACUUUUUUGUGGAAAGAGCAGUUGGAGUGCUAAAGAAUCGCAGUAGCCACAUCAGCAGCGUUUAAAAUUGGAGCUCGGUGAGAAUUGUUCUUUCACAGUUUUCCAAAUGCCUGCUGUGGUAAUUUAUUUUCUCUUCUUUACGUAAUUCUCUAGUUUCCUGCGACUUUAACGGCGUCGAAAAUGUAUUACGUUAUUACGCGAUUUUAUUGUAAAAAUAUGUUUUCGAAAAAUAAAAUUUGAGCCUGGGAGACUUUCAUAAUAAUAAAUGUUAUGUUAUGCAGAUCUUAUUUUAAAGAAAAAAAAACCUGUUUUAAUCCACCUAGUGGUGUAAUGAUGCCUUUCUCAUAUCAAUCAUACUAUCAUAUAUAAUACUGAAAAAAAAAUUUUUCUUCUAUUCUCAAAAGAAUAAUCGAAAUCGGUUUGUUUGACCGCCUACUAAUAAAAACUAUCAAAUUUGAGGUCGAUUUAGAAUUUUUUUUAGGUUUUUCCCCAUUUUCAGUGAUGGUAUACAAUUUUUAACCCACUUCACUCUAUAUUUCCGGAUCCGGAAGCCGGAUCCGCAUGAAAUUCAGGAAUUACGCAUGGGACCACAGGAUCUUUCAUUUGUGAAAAUCGGUCGCGCCAUCUAUGAGAAAAGUUAGAAAACAGAUUUUUUUUAUGCACAUUUUACCCCAUAACUCCCGAACCGGAAGUCGGAUCCAAAUAAUAUUCAGGAAUUUUGUAUGGAACCACAAGACCUUUCAUUUGAAUCUAAAUUUGUGAAAAUCGGUUCAGUCAUCUCCGAGAAAAGUUAGUGCAAAAAAACGUUACAUACACACACAGACCUUUUGCGUACUCGACGAACUGAGUUGAAUGGUAUAUGACACUCGGCCCUCCGGGCCUCGGUUCGAAAGUCGGUUUUCACAGUGAUUGCAUAACCUUUCUAUAUGAGAAAGGCAAAAAGUUUGAAUACUUUGACUUUGUGACAUAAACACUGAAGAAAACUUUUGUGAACUACUUGAAUCAAUCUGAAUCAAUUGGUGUCAAAAUUAGUAUCUGAAAUUAUAUAAUAAAAGUAUGAAAUAUAUUUUCCUGAGACUGUUAUGAAAGAAGAGAAAGGCAUUAUCACACCACUAGGUGGAUUAAGAAGGGUUUUAUCAUAUUUCAUAAAACGAUCUUUUCUUAG